UCAGAGAAGAAUCCCUGGAAAGCCCGAGUGUGAGCCGCGUCUUCGGCAAACUGACGUAUAUAAAGGUCAGCGUGAGUGAGGAGGAUCAGUCUGCCACUCGCUGCUGCUCUACAUAGUCAGCUUUCAGGAGCAAACAAGAACAUUCAAAAUGCGCGUGGGAAUCGUGAUGCUCGCCCUGGCCGGGAUGUGCUCUGCCGCCCCCACCUACCAGGACCUCCAGAACAAGCUACCCCACGUCGCGCCGGGACAGACCUUCACCUUCCAGUCCAGCUCGUCCUCGUCCAACUCCGCCUCGUCCUCCAACCAGGAGUCGUCCUCCACCAGCUUCUCGUCCUCGGACUCCGGGGUAAACUUCGACACGUCCUCCUCCAACUCGGCCUCGUCUUCGUCAGAUAGCUCUUCGUCGAAUUCCUUCUCCGGAUCUCUGACUGGCGGCGCCGGAGGAUUCGGCUCUCACUCUGCUGGAACUCUUGGAUCGUCUGCUGGCGGCUCUACUGGCGCUCUUGCUGGCGCCUCUGCUGGCACCUCUGCUGGUGCUCUUGCUGGCGCCUCUGCUGAUGGCCAAGCCGCUUCUGCUGCCUUUGGAUCCGACGGUCUUGGCGCCGCUGGUGCUCAGGGCGUCGCAUCUUCAACAGGUUUCCAGGGUGAUAUCCAAGGAGGCGCAGUCGGCGUCCAGGGUUCCUCCGCUGGCUCUCAUGGAGCUGCUGUAGGCGUUCAGGGAUCCUCCGGCAGCACCCACGGGGCAGCUCUCGGUGUUCAGGGGUCCUCCACUGGCACUCACGGCGGUGCAGCCGGCAUCCAGGGAUCCUCUGCUGGCACUCACGGAGCCGGCUUCCAGUCUGGCGCUCAGGACUCCUCAAGCGAAAUCCACUUUGACUCUCAGGUGUCUUCGGGAGGUAUCGGCGGCCAGGACUCCGCCGUCGCCUUCGGGGCCAGUGGCGCUGACGGCGUCGGAGCUCAAGGCGGCGCAGUGGCCUUCGGCUCAGGGAGCGGGGACGCCGCCCAAGGGUCCUCGGAAAGCUUCGGGAACAGCGGCCGCGAAGCCAUCGACGUGAUCUCGCAGAGCUACGGCCUCCCCAUCUAAGCUCGCUCCUAGUCUUAACUGGACUUUAUUUAUCGAAUUAGGUAGAUGGACUGUUCCCUGUGAUACUGAGUGAUAGGCAGCUGUUCGGUGCGUGAUUCGCAAUGCAUAGUAUUACCAUUGGCAUUAUUUCUGCAAAGCACACAUCAGCACCGGAUAGGAACUCUUAAUGUUACCGUAAUUUCAUCAAGAUAAAAUUAUGAUAUUUA